UCGAAGUUGAGAAACCAAGAGAAGGACUCGCUUAGGAUGCAGCUAGCAUCCUAAGAAGGGGAUCGGAGAAGGAAGGGUUUGGUGGCAGUCCCUGCUGUCAGCCAAAAAAAGCAGGGACUGGGCUGGCAGAAGGAGCUCCAGCUGCUGCCCAGAUGUGUCCAAAGUGGCAGGAGGGAAGGCAGGAGAAAGGAGACGGUUCCUGCUGAUAGCUGAAGGAUGAAGUCACCACCUUGCUGCAUGUCCCUUUCUUCAGGGCCAUCUGGAGAGGAACUGGAUGAGAGCACAUCUUUGGGAUCUUUUGAGUCCAGUGUCUUCUGUAGUGAGGAAGCGCGAGGAUCCUUGCUGCCACAGGUAGCCCCAUCUCUGGACUGCAUCACCAUCAACGUUGGAGGGGCCCGCUUUGUACUGUCCCAGAAAAAGCUGUGCUGCUAUCCCAAUACUCGCCUGGGCAAGUUGGCAGUGGUGGUUUCAGCUACCCAGGAUGUUGCCUCCAGCCUCUUGGACCUUUGUGAUGAUGCCAACUUGAUGGAGAAUGAGUAUUUCUUUGACCGAAGCUCUCAAGCAUUUAGCUACAUCCAUAAUUAUUACCAGACUGGACGGCUACAUGUGAUGGAUCAGCUUUGUGCACUUUCCUUCCUGCAGGAGAUACAAUACUGGGGACUGGAUGAGCUCAGCAUUGACUCUUGCUGCAGGGACAGGUACUUCAGGCGGAAAGAACUGAGUGAAUCCUUAGAUAUAAAGAAAGAUGCUGAAGAACUGGAUACCCAAAAUGAGGAAGAGGACUUCUCUGGGAGCCUAUGUCCACGUUUUAGGCACAAGCUUUGGGAAACAUUGGAAAAACCUGGAUCUUCCGUAGCAGCCAGGACUUUUGGCACUAUCUCCAUGGCUUUUGUCAUUAUCUCUAUUGCCAACAUGGCCCUGAUCUCAGUGGAACUAAGCUGGCUGCCUCAACAUUCCCUAGAGAUCCUGGAAUAUGUGUGCAUUGCCUGGUUCACAGGAGAGUUUGCCCUUCGCUUCCUUUGUGCAUGGAAUAAAUGCCAUUUCAUUAGAAGGGUAGCAAACAUCAUAGACUUGGUGGCCAUUUUGCCCUUCUACAUUACACUGAUAGUGGAGAGCUUGAGUGGCAGACACAGCUCCCAAGAACUGGAAAACAUGGGCCGCAUUGUUCAGGUGCUGAGGCUGCUGAGAGGUCUGCGCAUGUUGAAGUUGGGCAGGCAUUCAACAGGUCUCCGGUCUCUUGCAAUGACAAUUGCACAGUGCUAUGAAGAAGUUGGGAUGCUUCUGCUGUUCCUCUCUGUAGGCAUCUCCAUCUUUUCAACAAUGGAGUAUUUUGCUGAGCAAGGCAUCCCUGGUACAACAUUCACAAGUGUGCCCUGUGCUUGGUGGUGGGCUACAACUUCCAUGACCACAGUUGGCUAUGGAGACAUUAGACCAGAUACAAUAUCUGGCAAAAUAAUUGCAUUUAUGUGCAUCUUAUCAGGAAUACUUGUCCUGGCUUUGCCAAUAGCCAUCAUCAAUGACCGCUUUUCAGCCUGCUACUUUACACUGAAGAUAAAGGAAGCAGCUCUUCGGCAGCGGGAAGCCUUGAAGAAACUGACAAAGAAUAUGUCCAGUGACUCUAAUAUUAGCAUAAACUUGCGAGACGUAUAUGCUCGAAGUGUCAUGGAUGUAUUGAGGCUAAAAGGCCGAGAAAGAACAAGUACUAGGAGCAGCGGUGGUGAUGAAUAUUGGUUUUGAAUUUUUUUAAAAUAUAUAUUUUAUAAUAUAUGUCUGUAAUUGUCUGAUAGCUUUGAGGGCACAACAUUGAAUAUAAGGCUAACAAUCUUUUAAUAUGCUUAAAUUUGCUUCUCCAAGUUGCUAAGUAUAUAACAACUAGCAUAGGCCAAAGUCACACUGAAAACAAAAACUCAGGGUAACAUUGACUCCAAAUUUAUUAUCUGUUCUUGGCAGAGCUGUCCAGCUAGAACAGGACUUCAAAUAUUUGGCUAUAAUUAUUUUAAGCACAUUCCAAUAUGCAAAAAUAAAGUGUUAAUAAAUGAAAAAUUGUCUUACAUUUUGUUAUGAAUUUUGAAAGAGUUUCAAAUUGUUGCAGUUUAAUGGAAUUAGGAGAAUCUGCCUAUCUUCCUGAAAAUAUGAAAAGGGGGUAAAAUAAUAGAUACCUUAGAAGGUUUGUAAUGCUGCUGUCCUUCUGUAUUACGUUUUUAUAGUUAUAAAAAGAGCUAGAACAAGUUAAAAUUGCUAUGUCAAUCUUUUCACCAUGCUAAUGGCUUCUGUGAUAUAUCAGCACUAGCCAGUUCUUUACAUGAUCUGUACUGACAUAUACCAUAGUAACUUCCAUACAGCCCAUAUGAAUCCUCUCUGUGGGAUUUCCUUUGCAGGAACCAGACAUAGAAUUUGGUCAUAACUCCCAAGUAAGUAUGCAUUGGAUUGAAGUUUAUAUAGCUUAAACAAUAAAAAACAGAGACAUACUGAGAGAGAAAACCCAGAGUCAGCCAGACUUUGAAAUGAAUAUUAGGGGAGUAAAUGCACCACUUUAUAAGCAAUGAGAUAAAUCCAGACUGCCUGUACUGUGAACUGGAGAGUUUCCAUUCAUGGAAAAUGCCAAGAUCCAACAGAGACUUUUUUCUGGACGAAGGCGAUUUUCACCCCUUCCUCUGCAGUCUGCCCUUUCUAUAAUCUC